UUAUUACUUUUGAUUUCAAAUAUUCAGUAAUUUAAUAAGCAUGUAGAAUUUGGUUAAAAAUUUUCUUUUCAUCCUUACAAUAAAAACGAAAAAUGUCUGGAGAAGGCCUAAGUUACAGUAAGGAACCAUCCAAAAAGAUAGCACAAGAAUUAUACGAUGUUUUCUUAAGGGAUAAUGAGUAUAAAUAAAAUUGGAAAAACUGGAUAAAAAGUGCUUUAGAUGACCCGAAACAAUGGGAGAGGAUGGCCACUGUUAAAGACUAUGUAAUAGCAAUGCAAGAAUUAAUCCGUGAUCAAGCCAAAAAUAUUUCUACCUGUGUUAUUGACUCAGAUGGCUUUCCUGCAAAAUGUGCACGUUAUGUUCGAGAUGCUUUUAUGAACAAUAUGAGGGAAUUGGGUUAUUUUCAGUGUGAAAAUAAUAUUCCGGGAAAGACACCUGAAGAUAUGUAUGAAGAAGAUAAAAAUGAAAGCCGAAAACUUAAACAGGAUAUAAAAAAGCUUCGAAAAAAACAACAGCAAGUUAAGAGGAAAAUAGAUAUGCAACAAAGAGGGAAAAAUUGCAGUGCACCCACAGACAAAGAGGUUGAGAAAGAACUUAAAAAAUUAAAAAAAACUUCCGAAAAAAUUGAAAAAAGAUUAAAAAAAAAAAUGGAGAAAUACAAAACGCCUACUAAGCAUUCCAGACACGAAAAAACCGGUCCCGAUGAACCUGAACAAGAUAGCAUGUGGACUAAGUUUUUAAAUUAUUUCUGCAGGAAAAGUAACAAAGAAGAUAGAGAUGGUGAAUAUAUAAAAAAUGAACACAAAAGUCAUGGAGUUAAAAAAAAUAAAAAGGAUCAAGAUGAAUACGAAUAUGACUCCGAAGAAAUUGAAGAAGACGGCAUAUGUUCGGGUUAUAAUACAAAACAACGACAAAGAAGAUGUGGCGAAGAUACUCAAAAUGGUAGACGUUCAGGUUAUAAUACAAUGAAAAGACAUCUAGACUCUGACACAGAUACAGAAAAUGAAGAUGAAAUUGGAAAACACAGUACUAAAAUAAAGAAACAAAAUCAAACUAGGCGGAAAGAAUAUAAACAUAAUAAGCAUGGAGCUCAAAAAAAUAAAAAGGAAGAAGAUGAAGAUGAAUAUGACUACGAAGAAAUUGAAGGAAACAGUAGACGUUCAGGCUAUAAUACAAUGAGCAGACAUCUAGACUCUGACACAGAUACUGAAAAUGCAGACAGAAUUGGAAAACAUAGUACUAAAAUAAGUAAACAAAAUCAAACUAGACGAAAAGAACACAAACAUAAUAAACAUAGAGCUCAAAAAAAUAAAAAGGAAGAAGAUGAAGAUGAAUAUGACUACGAAGAAAUUGAAGUAAACAGUAGACGUUCAGGCUAUAAUACAAUGGGCAGACAUCUAGACUCUGACACAGAUACUGAAAAUGCAGACAGAAUUGGAAAACAUAGUACUAAAAUAAGUAAACAAAAUCAAACUAGACGUAAAGAACACAAGCAUAAUAAACAUGGAGCUCAAAAAAAUAAAAAAGACAAAGAUACUGAAAAUGAAGACCAAAUUGGAAAACAUAGUACUAAAAUAAGUAAUCAAAACCAAACAAGGCGGAACGCAUAUAAACAUAAAGAAACAGAUGAAAUAGAUGAAGAGGAAUAUAAUUUUUUCAAAAAGAAGCUAGACUAGAAAACAUGAAUGUUCUCAAGAAGAACACCAAAUAGGAACACUGAAUAUUACGAAAUAUAUAAAGGCAAGAGAAUAACAGAAAAAAC